CAUGGCUGCUACGAGAGAUGAUGGUUGAUGGGGACUCGCUCAACAUUCUCGACCCUACAUACUGUACUACACAGUAGCAUCAGUGCCAUCCUUGUCCAUGCCAGUGCUAGCUGUGACGCUGAUGGCCGCUGUUGAUGCUGGCGCCGGCAUCGGUCGUUCAUAUCGUCUAUCAUCGCCUGCACUGGCCCGGCCGAAGCGCUGGCUGACUGACACUUCACUCAACCCACCAGGUUGGCACUGUCUUAGCCUUGGUUGCGUAACACACACACACACACACACACACACACACACACUCGAAUACACUCACUUACUAACGCUGUGUACGCAUACACACA